GCCGUACCAGGGUUCGAGGCUAUCUGACACGCGCGCCUCUGUUCCUGCCCAUAGUGCUCACGAUAGUGCAGCACUUCUUUCUAUAUCCAAGUCUCAGUGAACUGCGUUUACGAGGCAGUAUUCCCUUUCGCCAUCCAGUGAACUGCUGAAUCAUGUCUAGGACACCUUAUGCAAGCCAUGCCAUCGACGCCAGCUAUGCAUUCGACAACAGCAGCAACGAAUGGAACGCGCAGAACAUUCCAUGCACCAAGGUGGACGGUGCGAGCUGUAAGUUACUGGAGCACCAUCCGGAAAUCAAUAGGGUACUUCUAGGCGCUGCCCUGGAGCUUCGGGAAGACAAGCGAGGACAGAGCAGAGGUGAUGCCCUUAUUGCGGCUAUCGAGGCAAGCACUUGCCGGUACGCCUUUUACAGCUCUGAGGAAAACUCGUGCAAAGCGAGAGCACUGGACCUUGUUGAGCUUCUACUCGCCGAGCACCACUGCAUCACGGCGAUGGAAUUCAACAGCAACCUGAUGCUUCGCCCAUCGUUGAUCUCAGAAGUAAAACGACACCGCUCUUUGAAAAGCUUCGCUGUACGCGGAAGAUUCAUUGCGUCUGACGGCACAGCUGUGAUGUUCGACGUGAUAAGAUCUUUGCCGCAGCUCAAGAAUCUAGCUUUGAAGUCUUCCGAGUUUGAGAAGGAAUCCUGCACUACGACCAGAGUCAUUCGCUGCUCAUUUGACCUUCCCAUAAGUUAUCUGUCGACCCUCGACCUCGGAGAGCUGUUAAUGCCCUGCACUGAGGUCGGUUGGCUUGUACGGGCGCUCAUUGAAAACGAAAGCAUCACCGACCUCUGCGUAGGAGAUUGCGUGUUCUCCUACCGAGACAGAGACUUCAAUGCAAUGUUCCCGACGUACCUCGCCAAGAAAAAUUGUCCGCUGCGAAAAUUGACGCUCAAAUCGAACGACCACUUCAUCAGCGGGUCACUCAUGGGAAAACUCAUCGACGCGUUCUGCAAAAUGAAUUUUUUGGAGGAACUGAAUGUAGACAUCAUCUUGACAACAAUGUUCGUACCUACGUUCGCCCUCUUCGCCGAAGUGGCCCGUCGGAGCGCCAAACUACGCAGCCUGAGGUUGCCUUGGACGGAUACACAUUCCCAUCUCGGUGUCCACAAUGCAAGUCCUGAAGCCACGCAAUGCAUGAAGUCCUGGCACACUGCCUUGCAAGAAUCGAAGUCACCCCUCAAGCAGCUGCGCGUCGACUUGAAGGCCUUCGGUGAAGCAGAGUGCCACACUUUCUUCGACGCAAUCGCCAACAGUGAUUCUCUGCGGUUGGUGGAAGUCGACACUUUGCCCUUCAUCGAUGGGCUCGACAGGAUCUCGGAAACUAUUCGAGCACGAGGUCUGAACGGUCUAGUUUUCAUCAAAGGACACUAUGAGCACACGAACGCAAUCCAUCUGCUGAAAUGCCCGCAAAUCAGCAGCGUGGCCGUAACGGUGGGGCGGUUCGUUUCCCGCGGACGUGUUGACCCGCAGCCAGUUAUCUUGACUCUGGAAGCGGUUGGCAGCUCGAGUAACGUAACGUCACUGCUGGUUAAGUGCAACACAUUCAGUCGCGACGAAUUAUCUGCCUUGGCGGCAUGCCUACGGAACGCGGCUGUGCUCACUGAUGUCGACAUAAACCUGAACGGCGUUCUGGCUGUCUUAUCAGAAAAGGAGCGUACGGAUGUGCGGGCGGAACUUGUGUCGUCGCUGGCCUCCAACCUCAAACUUGUCAAAAUCAGCAUCAAAGGCGUGCUGCUGUCCAAUGACGACUUGAAUGUUCUCGCACAUGGUGCUAGGAAGAGUCUCAGCCUCACCGAAUUCACCAUGACUCCGGUUUGUUGUGGUUAUACCAGGCCUGGCAAGUAUUGUAAAGAGCUGCAAAGUGGUUUUGAGCGCAGCCCCGGUGCGUUAAAGGAAGCAUUCAACUUCAAGAACAUCGCACUUGCAGACAUCCUGCAAGCGACCAGAAGGAAUGCCUCCUCUCUCUCAACUGCUUCACAAUUCGUGCUAGGUCAGCAAGAUGCCUUGGACGGCGCGGAUGCCAUCGAGCCGAUGCACGACUACCCACGUCUCCUCGAAAUGGUGAUGGAAGGUGCUGACGUCACAAAGACCGACGCCAAGAAGAUGAUCAGCAGCGCUCUUCUGCGUGUGCAAAACUGUAGCCUUGAUGAGUUUAUGAGAAUCGCAGGCGUCGUCAAGGAGAGGGUGGAGUGCCUUCGUCAUUCCGGUGCCAGGCGGCAGCUCACCGACAUUGACCACAACUCAUGGCUACACAUUCGCCGUUUCCUGAAGAUAAGGGACGUUGUCAACAUUGAUCCGGUGUCGGUUAAUCAAAACUGCGCAUGGGCUUUUGAAUGCGAUUAGCACACCGUAAAUAAAACACUUAGCAAUCUACUGAGCGGAAAUUUGCUCA